AUGACCAAGAACCUUGAAAAAGGGAGAGGUCGGGAGCGUAACAAUGGAUCGAGCAUUGAGUGCGGAACACAAAAUGAGUUUGGGGGGAAGGGGAUUUCUUUGCUCCACAUUGUCAAAAAACCAUUGGGUAUCGAGGAUGAAAUGAUGGACUCGUUCACAACUGCCUCCGUGACCAAGAAUGAUGUUGAGGAUUGGGGUGAUGUGUGA